AUGGAGAUCGGCACCGAGAUCAGCCACAAGAUCCGGAGUGCCAUUAAGGGGAAAUUGUAAGAAUUAGGAGCUUAUGUUGAUGUAGAACUUCCUGAUUAUAUUAUGGUGAUGGUGGCCAACAAGAAAAGUCAGGACCAAAUGACGGAGGACCUGUCCCUGUUUCUAGUGAACAACAGAGUUCGAUUCACCGUACGGCUUCAUGGUGUUUUAGAUAAACUUCACUCUGUUACAACUGAACCCUCUAGCCUUAAGUCAUCCGAUAGCAGCAUCUUUGAUAGUAACGUGCCUUUAAACAAGGGCAGUUUCAGUCGAGGAGAUGAGAGAAGGCACGAAGCUGCGGUACCACCCCUUGCAGUUUCCAGCACCAGGUCUGAAAAAAGAGAUACUAGAGUUUCCACAAGUUCACAGGAGCAGAAAACCACCAGUGUCAGACAGACUUAUGAUGAUGGAGCUGCAACCCGACUGAUGUCAACAGUGAAACCUCUGAGGGAGCCAGCACCGUCUGAAGAUGUGAUUGAUAUUAAGCCUGAGCCAGAUGAUCUCAUUGAUGAAGAUCUCAAUUCUGUGCAGGAGAAUGCCUUACCUCAAAAAAAAAAAAAAAAACCUACAGUGACACUAAUAUAUGCGUCUUCUUGCCCCUCUAUUGAAAUUUAUCGGCCACCUGCAAGUCGAAAGGCAGACAGUGGUGCUCAUUUAAACAUAAGGUUGCAAUUUCAACAGCAGCAAAACAGUAUUCAAGCUGCCAAACAAGUCGACACACAGAACAGCCGGGUAUAUGAUGCUGGACACUUGUGUGAACCAGAAGUGCUGAACAGCUUAGACAAGACUUACAGUCCCUUCUUCAGAAACAACUCAGAAAAAAUGAGUAUUGAGGAAGAAAACUAUCAGAAGAGAAAGUUGCCUGUGGUAAGUUCAGUUAUUAAAGUAAAAAAAUUCAGUCACGAUGGAGAAGAAGAGGAGGAAGAUGAUGAUUAUGGCUCCCGAACAGGAAGCGUCUCCAGCAGUGUGUCAGUGCCAGCAAAGCCUGAGAGGAUACCUUCACUUCCAUCUUCUAAACAAGCUAACAAGAAUCUAAUUUUGAAAGCUAUAUCUGAAGCUCAAGAAUCUGUAACAAAAACAACAAACUAUUCUACAGUCCCACAGAAACAGACACUUCCAGUUGCUCCUAGAACUCGAACUUUUCAACAAGAAUUGCUAGCAGAAGGGGUCCAAGCGCAAAGCAGGCCUCCCAGGAUAAGUCCCCCCAUUAAAGAAGAGGAGACAAAAGGAGAUAAUACAGAAAAAAGUCAAGGACCUCAAGAAAGGCAGUUGCUUUCCCGACUGCAAAUUGAUCCAGUAAUGGCAGAAACUCUGCAUAAUAGCCAAGCUGAGAUGAGCGAAUUGAAAGUGGCACAGAAACCAGAAAAACUUUUGGAGCACAGCAAGUACCGGCCUGCCUGUAAAAAUGGAGAUGAGUGUGCUUACCAUCACCCUGUUUCACCUUGCAAAGCCUUUCCCAAUUGUAAAUUUGCUGAAAAAUGUUUGUUUGUUCAUCCAAAUUGUAAAUAUGAUGCAAAAUGUACUAAGCCAGAUUGUCCCUUCACUCAUAUGAGUAGAAGAAUCCCAGUACUGCCUCCAAAACCAGCAGUUACAACACCAGCACCACCUUCUAGUACUCAGCUCUGGUGUUACUUCCCUGCUUGUAAGAAAAUGGAAUGUCCUUUCUAUCAUCCAAAACACUGUAGGUUCAACACUCAGUGUACAAGACCUGACUGUGCGUUUUACCAUCCUGCCAUUACUGUACCACCAUGACACGCCUUGAAAUGGAUUCGACCUCAAACCAGUGAAUGACACCCAGUCCUACCCAGCAGAAAAUUGUGGGUUUUGAAAGUUGCCAUCUACUGAUGAAAGAUAUUCUACAGAACUUGUCAAAUCUUUGAAACCUGGAAUAUAUUGCUUUCAUAAUAUCAAGUUUAUUGCCUAUCUGAAGUGUCUAAUUCUUCAAGUUUGUAAGGUGUUUAGUGGUUUUAACAUGGAGUGUUUUUUGUUGUUGUUCAUUUUGUUUCUUUUUACUAU